CUAAUUCGAAACCUGGAUGACAAGUGGUCAAGAAAGGAUGGCAGACACUAUUUUCUUUUUAAUCUGAAGGGAUAAGGCAAAAAGAUGACAACUAUAGAUUGUAUUCCAAUGGUUUGUGAAUUUGCUGAUGUUUUUCCUAAAGAAUUGCCAUGUUUACCUCCUCACAGAGAGAUGGAUUUUUCUAUUGAAUUGUAUCCAGGUACAGAUCCAAUAUCAAUAGCUCCAUAUAGGAUGGCUCCAGUUGAACUUAAGGAAUUGAACAUUCAGUUGCAGGAGUUGGUGCGAGAAACAGAUAUUCCAAAGACUGCAUUUCGUACAAGGUAUGGGCAUUAUGAAUUUGUGGUCAUGCCGUUUGGGUUAACUAAUGCUCCAACUGCAUUCAUGGACAUGAUGAAUCGUAUCUAUCGGCCUUAUUUGGAUCAUUUUGUGGUGGUAUUUGUGGAUGAUAUUUUGAUAUAUUCUAAGAGUAGAGAAGAGCACGGUCACCAUUUGCAUAUGGCGCUUCAAACACUUAGAGAAAACCAGUUAUAUGCCAAAUUGGAGAAAUGUGACUUUUGGCUGCAGGAAAUUCAAUUUUUGGGGCACAUGGUUUCUCAAGAGGGUAUCUCAGUGGAUCCAACAAAAGUGGAAGCUGUGACAAAGUGGGAAAGACCCAAGAAUGUUUUUGAAGUACGUAUCUACAGUAGUUUUCUUGGGCUAGUUGGGUACUAUAGAAGGUUUGUUGAAAACUUUUCUCGAAUUGCUUGCCCAAUGAGUAGAUUGACACGCAAGGGAGUGAACUUUGAUUGGAAUGAUAGGUGUGAAGAAUCCUUUCAAGAGCUAAAAAGGAGACUAACAACAGCGCCGGUGCUAAUUACUCCUAUUAGUGGCGAAAGAUAUACAGUUUAUUGUGAUGCUUCAAAAAAUGGCUUGGGAUGUGUUUUGAUGCAAAGAGGAAGAGUGGUUGCUUAUGCUUCUAGGCAAUUGAAGAACCAUGAGCAGAACUAUCCUACACAUGAUCUUGAACUCGCAGCAAUAGUCUUUGCUUUAAAGUUAUGGAGACAUUACUUAUACGGUGAAAAUUUUGAAGUGUUUUCAGAUCACAAAAGUUUGAAGUAUAUUUUCUCUCAAAAAGAUCUAAAUGCAAGGCAAAGGAGAUGGUUGGAAACCCUUGAAGAUUUUCACUUUACUUUGCAGUAUCAUCCAGGAAAAGCUAAUUUCUUACAAAAAGCCUUGGGAACUGAAAUCAAAUUGAGUUCGGCAUUUCAUCCUCAAACUGAUGGGCAAUCAGAGAGAGUUAUUCAGAUUUUAGAAGAUAUGUUACGAGCAUGUGUGAUGGAUUUUAAAGGAAAUUGGGUGGAACAUUUACCUUUGAUUGAAUUUGCGUACAAUAACAGCUUCCAAAGCAGUAUUGGAAUGGCACCAUAUGAAGCACUAUAUGGGAGGCCUUGUAGAUCUCCUAUGUGUUGGAUGGAAUCUGGUGAAGCUAGUCUGAUUGGGCCAGAAUUGGUGCAAGAGACUAUUGACAAGAUUCGAGUAAUACGUGACAGGUUAUUGGCAGCACAAAGUAGACAGAAAAGUUAUGCCGAUCACAGAAGGAGACCCCUAGAAUUUCAGAUAGGAGAUCACGUGUUUUUACGUGUAACACCAAGGAAAGGUGUAUUUCGAUUUGGAAAAAGGGGAAAGCUUGCUCCAAGAUAUGUUGGGCCCUUUGAAAUCCUUCAAAAGAUUGGAGAGGUAGCAUACAAAUUAGCCUUACCGCCACAACUAUCAGGUAUACAUGAUGUGUUCCAUGUUUCCAUGUUGCGGAAGUAUGAGCCUGAUACCACACAUGUACUAGAUUGGCAAGAUUUGAAUUUGCAAGAAGAUGUAACGUAUGAGGAAGGGCCGAGACAGAUUUUAGAUAAGAAAGAGAAGGUACUCCGAACCAAAAUCAUACCUCUAGUGAAAGUGUCAUGGGAUCAUCAUGGAGUGGAAGGAGCUACAUGGGAAUUGGAAUCAGAUAUGAGAAACAAGUACCUGGAACUCUUUACAGGUUCGCUUUUGUAA